GGCUCCAUGCGGGCAGAAGAACCUCACCUGCGGCGAGCGGGGCUCCGCGCGACCCCCGGAGAAGCAACCCCGACCCCGACCCGCCUCCCCACGGCGCCAAUCCGCGGCCCCCGGGCGCCCCUCGCCCGGCCGACCCGGCGCGGCUCAGGGAGGCGGCCAGGUGGGGCUCGCGGGGGGCGCGCCGAGCGAGCGACAGCGGAUGCUGAUUCAUCCGCCCAGCCCCCGAGCUGGCCAGCUUCCCGGCGGGCCAGUAACCCCCUCCUGCCUGAAGGCCGCGCGAUCCUCGCCCUGCGGGAGUCUUCGGGAGUGCAGCGACCGGGAGCCGGGCUUGCCCUGGGGCGGCGGCGGCGGCGGCCAGCGCAUGGAGCCCGGCGUUGCUGGCCUCUCGCAUGCCCAGAGCGCCGCGCCGCCCCGCCCCACGCCGCCAGCCAGGCGGGCGCGGACGGGAAGCCGGCGGGCGGCGGGCGGCGGGCAGGAAGCCGGCGGGCGGGAGAAGCAGCGCAGCCCGGGCAUCUUCGGAAGGCGGCGCAGGAGCCCAGCGGCCGGCGAACUGCACGCCCAGCUCCGGGUCAGGAUUGCCCCAUCGCCGGGAGGCCGAAGGGCACGCGUCAGGGAGGCCGGCGUCCGGAGCUCGGGGCGGGGAGGGGGGGGCAACGCCUGGUGCCGACCCUGUCACACCUGCGCGGCGGCGGCGCGGCGUUCCCGGCUCAGCUCAGGCUGCGGCCGGACUUGGGUCCCUGCGGCGCUCCGGAUCGCUGGCCGCCGAAAGAGACGCGGCCGCUCAGGCCGGAGGGUCUCCAAAGGGGAGCAAGGCGGCCUGAUCGCGGCAGGACUUCAGCUCCUCGUAAUCCUGACCACCAGCCCAUCGGUUCCUCCAAGGAGGGCCAAACUGCCAGGCUGGGCAUGGAGUCCCCUCCCUCCAACCGUUCCACCUUCAGUCCCAUUGCUUCCUCCUCCUUCCUCCUCCUGGGCAUCCCUGGGCUGGAAACCCUGCAUGCCUGGCUGGCACUGCCCUUCGGCUCCUUGUACUUGGUGGCCCUGCUGGGCAACUGCACCAUUCUUCUGCUCAUCAAGACAGACCCGAGGCUCCACCACCCCAUGUACCUCUUUCUCUGCAUGCUGUCCGUCAAUGACCUGGUGCUGUCCACCUCAGCGUUGCCCAAGAUGCCGGCCAUCUUCUGGUUUGAUGCCAGAAGCAUUGGCUUUAGCAGCUGCCUGGUCCAGAUGUUUGUCAUUCAUUCCUUCACCGCCAUGGAAUCCGGCUUCUUCCUGGCUAUGGCCUACGAUCGCUACGUGGCCAUUUGCAAACCCCUGAGGCGCUCCGCCAUCCUCUCAGGCCCCAGAAUUGCCUCCAUCGGCAGCGCAGUCCUGGCCAGGAGGCUGGUGCUCUUCUCUCCCCACCCCUUCCUGGUGUGGAAGCUGCCCUUCAUCACCCACAGCCACUGUGAGUUCAUGGCAGUGGUAAAGCUGGCUUGUGCAGACCCUGCAGUCACGAAGGCCUACAACCUGAUGGUGGCAUCUCUGAUUGGAGACAUUGAUGUCCUCUUCAUUGGGCUGUCCUACGGCCUGAUCCUGCACACAGUCUGCCAGCUGCCCUCCAAAGAAGCUGGCCUCAAGGCCUUGGGCACCUGCGGGUCCCACGUCUGCGUCAUCCUGGUUUUCUACAGCACAGCUGUUUUCACCUUCCUCACCCAUCGCUUCAGCCACGGGAGCAUCCCACCUCAGGUGCACAUCCCUGUGGCCAACGUUUACCUGCUGAUACCACCAACCUUGAACCCCAUUAUCUAUGGGGUGAGAACUAAGCAGAUCCCUGAGCGAGUGCUGAGGGGGCUCCGUUGGAAGAGGGACUUAUAA